AUGGUCAAGGCGGCUGACCCAAGGCGUGUGGCGAGGUCCGUAGCGCUGCAGUCCCUUUUUGCCUCAGAUGUAUGUGGAAGGCCAUGGGGCGACGAUCAGGCCCGCAGGCCCAGCCCUGACUACGACUGGCUGGAUGAGGACAUUGACCGCACCGCCAUGGAGUUUGCCGACAGGCUGCACCGCGGCGUUAGCGUUCACCGGCAGAGGCUCGACGGCCUCAUUGGCCAGUUUGCCCCGGCAUGGCCGGUGACCCAGUUGCCCAUAGUAGACCGUAAUAUCUUGCGAAUUGCCAUUUUCGAACUUUUGCAUAAUCCGGCCACUCCACCCAAAGCGGCGAUUGACGAAGCGGUGGAGCUGGCCAAGGUGUUCGGCAGCGACAGCUCGGCCAGGUUCGUAAACGGGGUCUUAGGCUCCGUUAUGACCAGCUUGGAAUCCGGGGAACUGGUCGCAGCCGGUCCUGCACCAGAUGGGAACAAACUGGGAGCCGACGAGGCCGACGUGGAAGAAGGCUCGUCCUUCAUCGAGGAUCUCAAUGCCGACUCCCUGGACCUGGUCGAGCUGAUAAUGGCUUUCGAGGAGGAAUUCUCCACCGAGGAGUCCCCUCUGGAGAUUCCCGACGAGGACGCGGGCUCUAUCGCCACCGUCUCCGAUGCCGUGGCCUAUCUGAAGGGUCGCGGCAUAGAUGACGACUGA